ACAGCAACAUCAUCAAAAAAUAAAAAAUCUGCAAUAUUUUCUGUAAAAAUUCCAUGAGAAAAGAUGUUGGCGACCACGAGCAGUGGGCUGAACAACCAAAGUCAGGCAGGCGGAUCGUACAAUAGCGAAAGAACGGACUCAAAUAUCGUGGAAUAUGGCGAAACGUCGACGUCAUUUUUCUCCACGGACUACAAGAAACAUGACGAUCUCAAACAAAUGCUCGACAGCAACAAGGACAGCCUGAAACUGGAGGCGAUGAAACGCAUCAUCGGAAUGGUAGCAAAGGGCAAGGAGGCAACGGAUCUCUUUCCAGCUGUCGUCAAAAAUGUCGUUUCCAAGAAUAUCGAAGUGAAGAAACUCGUGUACGUUUAUUUGGUGCGAUAUGCGGAAGAGCAGCAAGAUUUGGCAUUGUUAUCUAUCUCGACGUUUCAAAGAGCUCUCAAAGACCCGAAUCAACUGAUAAGAGCGAGUGCAUUGCGCGUGCUAUCAAGCAUUCGCGUACCAAUGAUCGUGCCGAUUGUAAUGCUCGCAAUUCGCGAAUCCGCGUCGGAUAUGUCGCCGUAUGUGAGGAAAACAGUGGCGCACGCAAUUCCCAAAUUGUAUCAUUUGGACCCGGAACAAAAAGAUGAGCUUAUCACGGUUAUCGAGAAACUGCUUGGAGAUCGAACGACUCUCGUGGUUGGAUCUGCUGUCAUGGCCUUCGAUGAAGUUUGCCCGGAACGCACGGACCUGAUUCACAAGAAUUACCGUAAAUUGUGCAAUUUGCUGAUUGAUGUCGACGAAUGGGGUCAAGUGCUGAUAAUUAAUAUGUUGACGCGGUAUGCGAGAACGCAAUUUACCGAUCCCAAUCUCGAUGACAUUCAAGAGGAAGAGGAAAAGGCGUUUUAUGAAUCGAGCUCGGAUGAGGCGGAUGACGCGUUAAAUGGCAUGAAAGAACCGAAAAAAGUUCCUGCCGUCUUGGAUCCUGAUCAUCGUUUGUUGUUGCGUCAAGCGAAGCCUUUGUUACAAUCACGAAAUGCGGCUGUCGUUAUGGCAGUGGCCCAACUUUAUCAUCAUACCGCACCGAAAAACGAAGUUGCAAUCGUUGCAAAAGCUUUAAUUCGUCUCCUACGGGGACAUAAGGAAGUGCAAAGUGUCGUGCUGAAAUGCAUUGCUUCCAUGUCGGUGCAGCGAAAGGGAAUUUUCGAGCCUUUUUUGAAGUCUUUCUUCGUUCGCACCUCUGACGCGACACACAUCAAACUCUUAAAGUUGGAAAUUUUGACAAAUCUCGCCACGGAGGCGAGUAUCUCAAUCAUUCUCAGGGAAUUUCAGACUUACAUCAGCAGCACGGACAAGGAAUCUGUCGCCGCAACAAUUCAAGCGAUCGGGCGAUGUGCUUCGUCAAUCACGGAAGUCACGGAAACGUGUCUAAAUGGGCUCGUGCAUCUCCUAUCGAACCGCGACGAAUACGUUGUAGCGGAAAGUGUCGUCGUUAUCAAGAAACUCCUUCAAACGCAGGAGAACGAACACAACGACAUCCUCAAACAAAUGGCAAAACUCUUGGAUUUCAUUACAGUUCCCGCAGCACGUGCCGCCAUCCUUUGGCUCAUUGGCGAAUACAACAAUCGCGUACCGAAAAUCGCUCCCGAUGUCCUUCGCAAAGCCGCCAAAACGUUCGCCGACGAACAAAACAUCGUAAAACUGCAAAUUUUGAAUCUUGCCGUCAAAUUGUACGCCUACAACUCGACGCAAAUCCAACUUUUGUGUCAGUACAUCUUCAAUUUGGCGCGCUACGAUCAAAAUUACGACAUCCGGUGCCGCGCAAGACUCCUCAAGCAAUUCAUCUUUCCGUCAAACGAGAAUUCCGUGUUGUCGCAAAAGAUGAAGGAAAUAUUUUUGGCUGUAAAACCGGCUCCUGCCUUGGAAAGCAAGUACAAAGGUCGCGAACAAUUUCAAUUGGGCUCGAUGUCGCACUAUUUAUCGCAACGCGUGACUGGCUAUCAAGAUUUACCGAAAUUUCCGGAAACGGCACCCGAUAAUAGUGUUCGUAAUGUCGAACCGCCGCCGCAAGAAGUUGCCCGACGUGAAGCGGAAACGUCGAAACAUGCGUCAAAACCAGCAAAAACGAGCAAAGGCGCUGUUCCGAAGAACAAAUCUCGUUCUUUUUACUCAGAAGAAGAGAAAUCUUCAUCAUCUGAGGACGAAGACAGUUCCGAAGACUCCUCAAGCGACAGCGGAUCUGAAAGUGAAUCCGAAAGUGGCGACGAGAAAGUCGGAAAUGGCAAAGAAUCCAGCAGUGAAGAUGAAUCUGACGACGAUUCAUCCGAAUCUGAAGACGAAUCGAGUGACGAAAGUUCAGAAACGGCAAGCUCUGAUAGCUCCGACGAGUCUGUCAAUCAAAAAUCCAACGGAAAAGCGACGAAUGUCAAGACAGUUGAGAAGAAACCUCCUCCUCCAAACAAGUCGAAUCUCGAUCUUUUGCUAGAUUUGGAGGAUUUUGCUCCCGUCGGUGCUCCCUUGAUGACUCCCUCGCUCGGAGGCUUCCUCAGUCCAAUGACACCUGCAACGAAUUUAGGCGAUUCCAUCGAACUAAUCGGUCCAAGUUACAUUCCCAACACGUACGCAGAGUUGCUGAACAAAAUUAACGGCUUUGGCUUGUCCGUGACAUAUCGUUACACGCGUGGACCUCAUCUCUUUUCCGCCUACAUGGUUUCCAUCGAGUUACUUUUCACGAAUCACGGAAGUUUGACGUUGCGCGACAUCAAAUGUGGCAAAACGACACUACCAUCGGGCGUUAUUUUGAAUGAAUUUGCGCCAAUUGACGUUUUGGAGCCAAAAUCGAGUCUUACACGCGUUCUCGGGAUCGAUUUCAACGACUCCACGCAAUCGUUGUCCUUUGAAAUUGUCUCUGAUGCGGGAACGAGCAAAGUUAACAUUAGUGCGACUGUUGGAGCGUUCCUUCGAGCUGUUGCAAUGUCCGAAAAAACGUUCAACGCAGAGAAACAAAAGUUGCGAGGCAUGACGGAACACACGAGUAAACUACCCGUAACGCUUGAAGCUCCGUUAUUGCGUCAAAAAAUCUUUGAAAUCGCAAAUGUGGGCGGAAUUACAACCGAAGAUCCGAAAUUUUUGCUAUUUGCUGGGCAUACAAUGAACUCACGGAGCUUAGUUUUGAUUACAAUUCAAUUUUUGGAAGGCGACGAAGUUGAAGUGACUGUCAAUUGCGAGAAAAUGGUAAUCGGAAGUAUUUUGUUGAAUGAAAUUAAGGCUGCAUUAAAGGCUUAGCAUGGCAAUUGCUGAUCAAAAAUCGACGUUUAGUGGAAAAAAU